AUGCCAGCCCCUAUUAGGCUUCGGGAGCUGAUCCGGACUAUCCGGACAGCCCGAACCCAAGCAGAAGAGCGAGAAAUGAUCCAGAAAGAAUGUGCUGCCAUUCGAUCAUCCUUUAGAGAAGAGGACAACACAUAUCGCUGUCGGAAUGUUGCAAAAUUACUUUACAUGCACAUGCUGGGCUACCCUGCACACUUUGGUCAGUUGGAGUGCCUCAAGCUCAUUGCUUCUCAAAAAUUCACAGACAAACGAAUUGGCUAUCUAGGGGCCAUGCUGCUGCUAGAUGAGAGACAGGAUGUACAUCUUCUAAUGACUAACUGCAUCAAGAAUGACCUUAACCAUAGCACGCAGUAUGUGCAGGGGCUGGCACUCUGCACCCUUGGCUGUAUGGGUUCCUCAGAAAUGUGUCGAGAUCUUGCAGGAGAAGUAGAGAAACUCCUUAAAACUUCCAAUUCUUACUUAAGAAAAAAGGCAGCACUUUGUGCUGUACAUGUCAUCAGGAAGGUACCUGAACUUAUGGAGAUGUUUUUGCCAGCCACAAAAAAUUUAUUGAAUGAAAAGAACCAUGGUGUCCUUCACACAUCUGUUGUCCUACUCACAGAAAUGUGUGAGAGAAGCCCAGACAUGCUAGCACAUUUCCGAAAGAAUGAAAAGCUUGUACCACAAUUAGUUCGUAUUCUAAAGAACCUUAUCAUGUCUGGAUAUUCACCAGAGCAUGACGUGUCUGGGAUCAGUGACCCCUUCUUACAGGUGCGAAUUCUGCGUUUACUAAGAAUUCUAGGAAGAAAUGAUGAUGACUCAAGUGAAGCAAUGAAUGAUAUAUUGGCACAAGUUGCCACCAAUACGGAGACUAGUAAAAAUGUAGGAAACGCUAUUCUCUAUGAAACGGUUUUGACUAUUAUGGACAUCAAGUCAGAGAGUGGACUAAGAGUAUUAGCCAUAAAUAUCCUGGGUCGUUUCUUAUUGAACAAUGACAAAAAUAUUAGAUACGUAGCUCUGACAUCUUUGUUGAAGACUGUGCAGACAGAUCAUAAUGCAGUACAGAGGCAUCGAAGCACUAUUGUGGACUGCCUGAAGGAUCUUGAUGUCUCAAUUAAACGGCGUGCAAUGGAGUUAAGCUUUGCUCUGGUAAAUGGAAAUAAUAUCCGUGGUAUGAUGAAGGAAUUGCUGUAUUUUUUGGAUUCUUGUGAGCCAGAAUUUAAGGCAGACUGUGCAUCUGGAAUCUUCCUUGCUGCAGAAAAAUACGCACCUUCUAAACGAUGGCACAUAGACACGAUUAUGCGUGUUCUAACAACGGCAGGGAGUUAUGUCCGUGAUGAUGCUGUCCCCAACUUGAUUCAACUGAUAACUAAUAGUGUAGAGAUGCAUGCCUACACUGUUCAACGCCUCUACAAAGCCAUUCUUGGUGAUUAUUCCCAACAACCUUUGGUGCAAGUAGCUGCCUGGUGUAUAGGUGAAUAUGGAGACCUGCUAGUAUCUGGUCAAUGUGAAGAGGAGGAACCCAUUCAGGUUACAGAGGAUGAAGUGCUAGAUAUCUUGGAAAGUGUUCUCAUCUCUAACAUGUCUACAUCUGUUACCCGGGGUUAUGCCCUCACUGCCAUCAUGAAGCUCUCAACGAGAUUCAGCUGUACCGUUAAUCGAAUUAAGAAAGUGGUUUCCAUCUAUGGAAGCAGCAUUGAUGUGGAACUCCAGCAGAGGGCAGUAGAGUACAAUGCACUUUUCAAGAAAUAUGACCAUAUGAGGUCAGCCCUACUUGAAAGAAUGCCUGUCAUGGAAAAGGUGACUACAAAUGGCCCCACUGAUAUUGUACAGACAAAUGGAGAGACAGAACCAGCACCAUUGGAGACAAAACCACCACCUUCUGGGCCCCAGCCAACUAGCCAGGCUAAUGAUUUAUUAGAUUUGUUGGGAGGAAAUGAUAUAACACCCAUUAUUCCAACUGUACCUACAAGCAAGCCAGCUUCUGCUGGGGGAGAGCUUCUUGACUUGCUGGGAGACCUCAAUCUGGCAGGUGCUCCGCCUUCUGCUCCUGCCUCAGUCCCACAGCUGUCACAGCCUCCUUUCCUUUUAGAUGGACUUUCAUCACAGCCUCUCUUUAAUGAUAUUGCUUCAGGUAUCCCUUCCAUCACAGCAUACAGUAAGAAUGGUUUAAAGAUAGAAUUCACCUUUGAAAGGUCCAACACUAACCCCAGUGUCACAGUGAUCACGAUACAGGCCUCCAACAGCACAGAAUUGGACAUGACAGACUUUGUUUUCCAAGCUGCGGUACCAAAGACAUUCCAGCUGCAGCUUUUGUCUCCUAGCAGCAGCAUUGUCCCAGCAUUUAACACUGGGACCAUCACACAAGUCAUUAAAGUUCUGAACCCACAGAAGCAGCAGCUCCGAAUGAGGAUCAAGCUUACGUAUAAUCACAAGGGCUCUGCGAUGCAGGAUCUAGCUGAAGUGAACAACUUUCCCCCUCAGUCCUGGCAGUGAGGCUUUGGCACCAUUCUUACUCUCGUCCUACCCAAUCAAAGGAACUCUGGGAAGGAGGUUGUGAUCCCUGGCAAGCCCCCCUUCCCACCCUCCCCUCCCAAACUGCACUGUGGGCACGAGGAGCCGAGGAGAGCUACUGAGGAGGAUUUUCCUAAAGUUACUGCUGACCUCAAAGCAUAGCUUGUUAAAGACUAAUCUCCUCCCCUCCUCAGUUGAGGCUGGCUGCUUCAGGAGGCUACUGUGCACUCUUCCUCUUCUUCCCUUUUUUUCUCCCUUCCCCCCCUCUCCAACCCUCCCACAUUCACAGCCAGAAAGAAUAUUCCCCGGGCCCCUAAGGAAAUAUGCAGCUUGUCUGGAGGAGAAGACUGGAAUUCAUGGCAAGAAAACACUCGCUCUCUCUGAAGCAAAUGGUUGCCCCUUCUUUCUGCUGUUGUUUCUGUGGGGUAGGGGAAGUGAGGACAUUUAUUCCUCACUCUCUGGGUUACCAUCUUCAGGCACUUUUGACAUCUGGCAUUCAGGAUGGAAAUCUAUCAAAAGGACAUUAGGGAGCCCUGCCUUUUUCUUUUGGUUCCCCCAAUGUUUGAAAGAGGCGUUAGGUUCCUAGUAGCCUUUUCUGUGCAUUGCUGUAUACACACAGACACACACACAUGUAUGUUCGUUAGCUGUAUGAUAACCAAGAGCAGGUCAGGCCUUGAGAGGUUAUUUGUAAACACUGGACAGAUGCAGUAAAAAAUUUCUGAUGAGAUUUGGUGUGAAGGUCAUGGUGCUCUAUUUGUGAUAGAAUUUUCCAAGGCUCUUCCAGCUCCCCUUGUUCACCACUCCUUGGCUAUAGUCAUGUAUACUUAAACAGUUUUCAAAAUAAAUCUCUUCCCCUAAAAUGCAAAGUAGACAGCUUAUAAAGAUACGCUACAAGCUAUCAUACCUCUACCUCCCCAAGAAUUUUAACCUUCCCAAGCCAGUGACUUGGCUGCUUAAACAUGGUAGCAGGUAAGAAAAGAGGCGGCACCAGUUGUAAGGAUCAGACUAAUGGACACGAAGCCCCUUUGCCCAUAUGAAGAGUGAAUAUUUGACUCAUCCUAGAGCACAUUGGAGAGUCUUUUUUUCCCCAUUACUCCAAACUACCCUUUUAUUUCCUGAGCCUGGCUUGGACCUUGGCAUUCCGUUUGAAUUCCUUCUUCUAACUGGAACAUUUGUGUUGUAUCUGUAACACUGGCACUGAAAUAAAGACCAUACAGUUAAAGAAAUCUUUCCUAUAUUGUACUUAAUGGUGUUGGAAUGAAGCCUUGUAGCUUCCUCGCCCCCUGUGUCAGUGAAAGUCACUUAGAGAAUGUAGGAUAGGAUUAACAUCCUGAGUUUCACAAAUAAUAUACUGUUCUCUCUAUGGAGAAAAUCUUUUCUUGAACAUGUGGGCCAAAGACCCAAGGUCUGAGCUUUUUUGAGUGGGGUAUGCUGAGUGCCUUUCAGAAAGGAUCAAUGUAUCACUAAACUGUGCACCUUAGAAUUGAUUUGAUAGAGUAAUGAGGUGAAGAUGACUCCUGUAGUACACAUUGAGUGUACUGUGUACAUUCAAAUAUAUGAGUACUGUGUCUUUCAGGCUCUAGAAGAUGGGGAAAAGUGGUGCCCACCUCUCGAUGUCAUCCUUUAUAAGUGCUACUGUGUUGAGAACAGUACAGAUAACUCAUUUUUCUGUUGUCUUAAAACUGGUUAAAACCCAUUUCUUCAUUCCACCAGUCUGAGGCUGAAAGACUUUUCAGUCCCCUGUCAAACCUAGCUCUGUAUCAGAUGCUAGGAUAUUGUUAACGUAUCUGACAGAGUUGGGCUAAUGUGAAUGUCCGGGUUUUGUUGACACAGGAGAAUAAAAUCAGCUGGAACUUUUAUUCCACUGGUAUAGGAUUGACUAAAUCUGGAUCCAGAUAUGUUACUUUUGCACAUAGUCUUUAGUAAAUUGUGGACUUGUCAAAACUUAAGGAAUCUGGUCCGCCUCUGUUUUGGAAGGUAGUUCUUAAAGGUUUCUUUUCCCAAUACCUUUAUUGGGUGCUGUGAAGCCUGAGCUAGAAAAGCCUAUAUAUAAUUUGUGGCUUUUUUGAUUGGAAUUUUGCUUUAACAUACUUUUGUAGUAGUAUCUCUGUUUGCUCUCUUGUUUAUAGGUGACCAGUUGAGAUUUUUAAGUUGGAGAACUGAGUUGAGGUGCUGAAGAAAUUUAUGGGCGAUAUUCUCUGGAUAGGACAUAGCUGACAAGUGGGACUAGAAAGAAUGAACCACACUGACAAAGCAUUUCUGGUGGAUCAUAGUUUGAAGAGGAAAUAGUAUGAUCCUCCACAUAUAUAUGUCUGUAAGGAAAAGAUAUCUUAGCCUUAACACAAAGUAUAUUGGUUGGGACAUGAACAUAUUUGGAGACAGAAGCCAUAAAAGUGUGGCCCAAACUCAUCUGACCAGUGGUAGAGCUCUUUCCUGAAGGAUUAGCAGUCAAGUAACUGUGUAGGGUACUGAUAGUUGUGAAAACUCUUUCUAAUGUUUGGAUAAUGGAAAGCUUCAGUGUGCCUUAGUUUCUGGGACCUGGAUUUGCUCUCCUUUCAUUCUGAAUGACUUGCAGCUAAAAGAAUUUACAUAAUUGCUGUGAACACUUGAACAUUUCAGCAUUCAGUGAUUCCUUUCCUUAGGAGUACCAUUUCAGGAGGAGCAAAUAGGGGAUAUUUUAGCUACAAGGACCAUUGUGGGGAGCUAGACACUCUCUAAUCUGUUUUAAUAAAACUUGGGGUUGGGAACUGUACUUGCACACAUGCACACGUCUUGGACAAUUUCACAUGCACUUUUACCUCAUUAUCUCCUCCAGAGUAGCUUGCAUUUUCCCCAGAAGCAGUCCUGAGGGAGGAUUCAUCUAAGUAAGCAUAUAAAACUGUGAAUGGCUCUGUCUGAGAGACUUUGACCACAGGACUCCACCGUUGUUAUCUUGAAAUGCCUGGGACAGUGUAGUGGAAUGUUUUAUGCCAUCUUUAGGGCAUAGUCUUUUGAGAUCAUCAGUUAACUAUGAGAUCUUCCUCAUUUAAAUAAACAUUCCUCAUUGUAACAUUUGGAAUACUUUUUUCCCUUUUGCUUGGAUAAGUUAUGGUUUUGUACCCCUUGCUUAUUCCAUUAAUGUGUGAAAGAAUUUUGGAUUUAGCCCUAAGAGUUUGAGUAAUGAUUUGCAUCUGUUUUAUGACAUGCUUCUCUUUGUGCCCUUCUGAAAGGAGUUAUAAGUUAGGGGAUUCUGACUUGGAGAUUAAACUUACCUUCUUAUACUGUGUAUUGGAAAAUAAUUAGAGCCAAGAGAACACAUGGGAGAAAGGAAGUGGUGGAAUGGCCAAUGUUUUUUCUAGUGAAUGUAUUUUAACUUCAGUGUCCUGAACCAAGAGACAGCAGGAGAACAGCAAAUAAAUAUUUAAGAAUUGUGUGUAUGUAUGUGUGCACCUGUGCAUGUGCCUGUGCGCAUGGGGGCUUGAUUGCAAAUUUGGGGUUUGGAGAAGAGAACUACCAAGGCUUGAAGGUUGAACCUCUUGUAGCCAGCCCUGGUAAGGGGAGAGAGAGGAAGAAAGGAGACAGGGGCUCGUGGACUGAAUGUGAACCAAUUCUCUUUGAAGCAAUAGCAGUGACUGGUUUCAGUUAACUGCACAAGGCCUUCAACAUUUAUCCACAGAAGAAAAUGCUGUGGCAGCUUGCACAGACAGGCAGCGCAUUCCUUGCCACAGGGCUGGUUCUUGCUGCAAAAUGGAGCAGUGAGGAGGUUUUUAAAAAAAGAAAAAAGAAAAAAAUGUUAAAAACAAACCUGCUGUUGAGCUUUGUGUGUUCUGUGUUUUAUUUUCUAUUCGGGGGCUUCGAGAGAGAAGGAGCCACUGAACUGUUUCUAUGUGAACUUUCACUUUGUUCCUGUGAAGUCCCUUUUCUUUCAUGAUGUUGUAAGUUACAUUUCACAUCAAGCCCCAUCCCAUCUCCUUUACUGUAAAAAAAAAAUAUUAAAGGCUCUUUCCAAGCGGGGUGCCUGAUGAAGUUCUAAUUACUGCAGACAUAUUUUUGGGAUGUAAAAAAAUUCAAAAUGAUAACUCUUAGAAGAGAGCGAGGAGUAUAAUGGAUGUAAACAUUUACAUGGGAUGCAUUAGAAUUCUGCUGUGUGUAUUGUCUUUCGGUUGAAACAAAUUAUGAACGGUGACUAAUAAUAAAAAGUCAAUACUCGAUGAUUUAAAA